AUGUCCCCUUUUAUUAAACACCGUCUUAAAUUACAUAUUUUAAUUCAAAAUAAUUUAAUUAAAAUUAAUUAUUUUCAAGCCAUCUCCUCUUCCUCUCCAUUAUUUCUUCACUGCCCACGGGCCUCACCAGAAGCAACGGGUUCCUCACUAAAUUCGCCAAGUUCCCCACCUCCCUUAUCCACUAAUUUUGUAAAUAAAAAUGUGGAAGAAGAGGGGGGAGAACAACAGAAAAAUGAAGAUUUGUUAUUAAAAGAAUUAGCGGCAGAAGGGGAUCCUGAAUGUUUACUUAUUGCGUCUUGGCUAGAAUCUAAUAAUAAUAAUUGUGUUGGAAGUGAAAAUAAUAAUAAAGAUGGAAUUAAUAAUAAUGAUGGAUUGGUGGGGGAUAUUAGUGAGACCCAAAGACCUCGAUUUUCAUUGGAUCGACUAGUCCCUCCAGAAUUACAAUUAGAAAUUACAAAACCAAUCCUUGAAGAAAAACAAAUUUGUGGGGAUUUUUCUUUACAAAAAUCCUCCCCUCGUGGACAAUGUCAAGGAACGGUUUAUGUACAUUUUCAUCACGAAAAAAAUAAUUUUGAUAUUAAAAUUAAAAAAGAAGGGGAAGAAAAUGGAGAACAAAAAAGAAUAAUAAAUUUAAAUAAAAAGAAGAGAAGGCUAUUGUCUUCAAAUAAUAAUAAUUUUGUUGUUGGUAAUGAACAAAGAAAUGAACAAAAUGAAGAAGGUUUGUUUAGAUGUUGGAAACAAAAAGUAGCCAUUUUAGUAAAGGGAGAGAAGGGGUAG